ACAUGAAAAGCCACAUAAAAUAAUGUGUUAUGUGUGCUGCAAGGAGCUUAAGGGUUGGUGCAAAUCAUUUACACGGAUUGAGGGUUUUCUCUCUGUUCUGCAGGCGAUUCUCCUUGUGGUGUUUAUAUUUUUUUUGGUGUUUUUGAUACUUCAUUUUGUUGGCUGUCUUAAAAUCCCGGAGGAAAAAAAGGAAACUACGACGGAUAUAAAACUAAACACGUCGGACGAUGAGGUUUAUGAAAUCCUUGCCACGACAACUCUAUCGCCUGACGUCGAGUGUACGUGGGACCCAUCAAAGCCAACUACUGUCCGAGUGCGCUACUACCUAAAUGACAUUAACACCACUGAAAGACACGACAGUGAUGAGCUUAAGGUCACCAAGUCUCAGGCCCUAGACACCGAACUCGUAGAAUCAUUUCUCGAGUACGACGAUUUCGAGUUCUCGGAACAUUCGGACGGUGACUUCGCCGACGAGACUUUUACAAAUCAAGUCGUGGCUCUAGUCAAAUUAAAACCUCCGGCCGACGUCACGUUCGGCUGCAUACUCACUAAGGUAACAAAAUUUUGGACGCUGACGGCGGCUAGUUGUAUCGAAUCAAUAGAAGAAGUGGACUCUCUGGACUCGUUCGUGAUGAUCGAGCAGUACGGGUCGGCGCGGCAGUCGCGGGCGCGCGGCGUGGCGGACGUGCGCCUGCACCCGCAGGCCGCGGGCGCGGCGCGCAGCCACGACCUGGCGGCGCUGCGCGCGGACCGCGCGCUGCGGGCGCCCGCCCCCCUGCCCGCGCUGCCCUCCCCGCUCGACUACUUCUCCGUGGCCGUGGGCGAGAGGUUCGUGCUGCUGGGCUACGGCGGCUACAGGACCGUGGACAAGGGCCCGGCGGGGCGGCGGCUGCGGCAGGUGUCGGUGUUCGCGGUGUCGGCGGCGCAGUGCGCGGGCUGGGCGCCGCGCCACCUGGCGGGGGGCGCGCGCGUGGCGGGGGCGCUGUGCGCGGGGGCGCGGCGCGCGCGCUCCGAGCCCUGCAACUACUGCGCGGGCGCGCCGCUGCUGCGCGGGGGCACGCUGUACGGCGUCAUGAGCGACAACGCGGCCUGCGCCGUGGCCUGCGAGCCCCAGCUCUACGUCAACCUUGCUAUGUUGCGCGACUGGAUCGACGCCGUUAUUCAAUAAAACGCUAUUUAUUAUGCA